AGAUAAUGAGGAUGUGUUUACCUAUGAUGACCUAAUUACAGGUGUGACGGACAUUUUUCAAAAUGGAGAAAGGGACUAUUGCUAUGUUUUGUUUGUGUUUCGCCAUCUUCUGUAUGGUGAUCGCAUUUGCUAGUCCUUACUGGAUAGAGAGCUUUGAAAAGGCCGACAAUAAAUUUGUGAAAUUAGGGCUCUGGGAGUUUUGUUUUAACGAUUAUACAUUCUACAAAGAUUAUAACGGGAAGCGGUUCCUCGGAUGUUGGUAUAUAUUUUCAACAGAUGCUAGACCACUUUGGGAAUGGAUCUCACCUCCCUGGUUCAUUUCAUGCCAAGUAAUGGUAAGCAUCAGCUUGCUGUUUCAAGUGAUCACAUGUCUUAUAGCAACACUAGCAUACUGGAGAUGUUUACCAAGCUACCUUAAACAAAUGAUAUACAUCGGAACUGCAGCAGUGUUAGGCUUAUGUGUUCUGCUUAUCCUCAUCACUUUGAUAGUGUUUGGCGUGAGAAAGGAGGACAGAGGUUGGAUGCCGCGGCCGGACCAGAACUACCUAUCCUGGUCAUAUGGCUUGUGUUGUAUAUCUGGCUGGUUUAGUUUGUUUGGAGCGCUCAUGUUUGUCAAAGCUUCAAACGAUGACAUUGUGAAAGAGUACAGAUAAACUCUCAAUAUGCCAUGUGAAAUUGUGAACACUUUUCUGAAACUGUAUCCAGCAAAUUCUAAUGUAUUCUUCAUAUUUUCAAUAGAAAAUCUCACAUUGUACAUAAUGACAGGAAAUUUCAAAAUCUAAUUAUUUUCAGGCAUUGACAUUUAUUAAGUGCUUUAAUGUUUAAAACUUGCUACUGAUGUUUUCACAAACAGAAUUUUCUUUUAUUCCGUAAAAAAGAUGUUAUUGUGACAUUAUAAGUGUUUUUGUUUUAUAAACGCAGGUUACAGUACUCUAUUUUGUAUAUAUUUUAGUAUGUUCCAUUGUAAAAUUAGCAUUCCAGAAUAUGUAUAGAUGUAUAUACAGUCAUUUUAUAAUGCCAUCAUUAAUCACAAUACUGGGGUUAAAACCACCAUUUUUAAUUACUUUUCUGGUACUUGUCAAUUUCUAAACAAUUUAUAUUAACAUGAUCAUAAGUUUUCCAACUGAAUAUUUAAUUUUCAAUGUAAAAAUGAAAAUUGGUCACCAAAUUUUCCUUCUCAUAAAUCUAUAAGCAAUUCUUUAUCAUCAUUCAUUUGUAUAUAUAUUGUCAUAAAAUACUUCAUCAUUUUUAUACCAACUUUUUUAUGUAUAUAAUUAUCCAGUCCAUUUAAAGUUCUUGAAUUUUUGCAAUAUUGAGCUUGAACUUCUUUUUUUAAUGUUUCAAAAUUUUCCACCUCAUUUUAACAACAUACCUAAUACAAACAUAAUAUUUGAACUAACCUUUUGAAUAUCUUUUCAUCAGACACAAGAUUUUCACAUUUACUGCCAUUAGACAUAAGGUUUUUACAUUUACUUUUGUAAAACAAAAGGUUUUCAUAUUUACAUCUGUAAGACUAAAGGUUUUUACAUUUACUUAUGUAAAACAAAAGGUUUUCAUAUUUACGUCUGUUAGACUAAAGGUUUUUACAUUUACUUAUGUAAAACAAAAGGUUUUCAUAUUUACGUCUGUUAGACUAAAGGUUUUUACAUUUACUUAUGUAAAACAAAAGGUUUUCAUAUUUACGUCUGUUAGACUAAAGGUUUUUACAUUUACUUAUGUAAAACAAAAGGUUUUCAUAUUUACGUCUGUUAGACUAAAGGUUUUCACAUUUACUUAUGUAAAACAAAAGGUUUUCACAUUUACUUCUGUCAGACAUAAGGUUUUACAUUUACUUUCUAUCAGACAUAAGGUUUUCCAUUUACUUCUGUCAGACAUAAGGUUUUACAUUUACUUCUGUCAGACAUAAGGUUUUCCAUUUACUUCUGUCAGACAUAAGGUUUUCCAUUUACUUCUGUCAGACAUAAUGUAUUACAUUUACUUCUGUCAGACAUAAGGUUUUCCAUUUACUUCUGUCAGACAUAAGGUUUUCCAUUUACUUCUGUCAGACAUAAGGUUUUACAUUUACUUUCUAUCAGACAUAAGGUUUUCCAUUUACUUCUGUCAGACAUAAGGUUUUCCAUUUACUUCUGUCAGACAUAAGGUUUUACAUUUACUUCUGUCAGACAUAAGGUUUUACAUUUACUUUCUAUCAGACAUAAGGUUUACCGUUUUACAUUAAUUUUACUUCUGUCAGACAAAAGGUUGCACAUUCUGUAAGAUGAAAGGUUUUCACAUUAAGUUCUAUUAUAGACAAGAGUUUUACAUUUACUUUUGUCAGACAGGAUUCACAUUUACUUCUUUCAAACAAAAGCUUUUCACAUUUAAUUCUAUAAGAUGAAAACGUUUUUCAACAGCCUUUUUAUGAUACAAUGUCAUAUAAUGUUAUGAAUACAGCAAGCAAUGUUAUCUGUAUCAAUUUUGAAAGUUCUAUACUGUGGAAAUUUACUCAUGUCAUUUUUUGUACAUUCUGACAAUUGUAAUAUAUGUAUUAAAUAUAUUUUUAUAUAAACCAUUCUCAAUAAAAAAAAUGGAUUAAAUCAUCA